AACUGCCGGGGGAACCCCAACUGCCUGGUGGGCAUCGGGGAGCACGUCUGGCUGGGGGAGAUAGAUGAGAACACCUUCCACAACAUCGACGACCCCAACUGCGAGCGCCGCAAGAAGAAUGCGUUCGUGGGCCUAACCAACCUCGGCGCCACCUGCUACGUCAACACUUUCUUGCAGAUGUGGUUCCUCAACCUGGAGCUCCGACAGGCCCUUUACUUGUGUCCCAGCACCUGCAGUGAGCGCGCAGAGGGGCUCCCCAGGGACAAAGACUACGAGCCCCAGACCAUUUGUGAGCACCUGCAGUACCUGUUUGCCCUGCUGCAGAACAGCAAGCGCCGCUACAUCGACCCCUCGGGCUUCGUCAAGGCGCUGGGCUUGGACACGGGGCAGCAGCAGGAUGCCCAGGAGUUUUCCAAACUCUUCAUGUCACUGCUGGAAGAUACUUUAUCCAAACAAAAAAACCCAGAUGUCCGAAAUAUCGUUCAAAAGCAGUUCUGUGGAGAAUAUGCCUAUGUGACAGUCUGCAACCAGUGUGGCAGGGAGUCCAAACUUGUGUCUAAAUUUUAUGAGCUGGAGUUAAACAUCCAAGGGAACAAGCAGCUGACAGACUGUAUAACAGAAUUCCUGAAGGAGGAAAAAUUAGAAGGGGACAAUCGUUAUUUUUGUGAAACCUGUCAGAGUAAGCAGAAUGCCACCAGGAAGAUCAGGCUGCUGAGUCUUCCCUGCACGCUCAACCUGCAGCUGAUGCGCUUCGUGUUCGACAGACAAACUGGCCAUAAGAAGAAGCUCAACACCUACAUUGGCUUCUCUGAGCUGCUUGACAUGGAGCCUUUUAUGGAACAAAAAAAUGGUCUCUAUGUCUACGAGCUCAGCGCCGUCCUCAUCCACCGCGGCGUCAGCGCCUACUCCGGCCACUACAUUGCCCACGUGAAGGACCCUCAGACUGGGGAGUGGUACAAGUUUAAUGAUGAAGACAUCGAGAAGAUGGAGGGCAAGAAACUGCAGUUGGGGAUUGAGGAAGAUCUAGCAGAACCCUCCAAAUCCCAGACUCGUAAACCCAAGUGUGGGAAAGGGACCCACUGCUCCAGAAAUGCCUACAUGCUGGUGUACAGGCUGCAGACCCGGGAGAAAUCCCUGACAGUUGAAGUACCAGCUUUUCUGCAGGAGCUGGUUGAGCGUGAUAAUUGCAAGUUCGAGGAGUGGUGCAACGAGAUGGCCGAGAUGCGCAAGCAGAGCGUGGCCAGGGGCAAAAUCAAACACGAAGAGGUGAAGGAGCUCUACCAAAAGUUACCUGCUGAAGCUGGUUCUCCAUAUGAUUUUAUCUCUCUGGAAUGGCUGCAGAAGUGGCUGGAUGAGUCUACUCCUCCAAAACCUAUAGACAACACAGCCUGCCUGUGUGCCCAUGGCAAACUCCACCCAGAUAAAAUCUCCAUGAUGAAGAGGAUAUCAGAGUACGUGGCUGAUUUCUUCUACCGGCGAUAUGGAGGAGGCCCCCGGCUGAAUGUCAAAGCACUUUGCAAGGACUGCGUGGUGGAGAGAUGUCGGAUCCUGCGCCUGAAAAACCAGUUAAACGAGGACUACAAAACUGUUACCAACCUGCUGAAGAUAACAGUCAAGGGGAAUGAUGGGUUUUGGGUUGGAAAAGCAUCCCUGAGGAGCUGGCGUCAGUUGGCUUUGGAGCAAUUAAAUGAGCAAGAUGAAGACACGGAGCAAAGCAACGGGAAAAUGAAUGGGGAUGCACAAAACAAAGAUGAAUCGAAUGAAGAGAAGAGAGAGGAGGAAGAGGAGUUAAAUUUUAAUGAAGACAUCGUUUGCCCACAUGGUGACCUCUGCAUAUCCGAAAACGAACGCAGGGUGGUUUCCAAGGAAGCCUGGGAGAAACUCAAGCAAUAUUUUCCAAAGGCCCCUGAAUUCCCAAAUAACAAAGAGUGCUGUUCCCAGUGCAAGAUUUUGGAACGUGAAGGGGAAGAAAAUGAAGCUCUGCAUAAGAUGAUGGCCAGCGAGCAGAAGACUUCUCUCCAGAACCUGUUUCAUGAUAAAUGCAGACCAUGCCUGGGCAGCUGGCCUCAGGAGACAGAUGAGCUGUACAUUGUUUCGCAGUUCUUUGUAGAAGAAUGGAGGAAAUUUGUCAGGAGGCCGACGCGCUGCAGCCCCGUGUCCUCGGUAGGAAACAGUGCUCUCCUCUGCCCCCACGGGGGCCUCAUGUUCACCUACGCUUCCAUGACCAAAGAAGACUCCAAACUUAUAGCUCUAAUAUGGCCCAACGAGUGGGAGAGGAUUCAAAAACUCUUCGUGGUGGAUCACGUCAUCAAGAUCACCCGAACACGAGGUGCUGGGGCCGACCCCGAGGGUGCACAGUUCAGCUCUGAGCCCCAGCUCUGUCCAGAGUGCAGAGAAGGGUUGUUGUGCCAACAGCAGCGGGACUUGAGGGAGUACACCCAGGCAACCAUCUACAUCCACAAAGUGGUGGACAAUAAAAAGGUAAUGAAGGACGCUGCUCCAGAGCUGAAUGUGAGCAGCUCAGAAGCUGAAGAGGAAAGGGAGGAAAACAAGCCAGAGGGGGAGCAAGACCCAGAUUUUAACCAGGCCAAUGGUGGAGCGAAGCGCCAGAAGGUCUCUCACCAGAGCUACAUCACCUUCCAAAAACAAGGCAUCAGGAGGAGCACCCGGCACCGGAAAGUCAGAGGGGAGAAAGCACUGCUUGUUUCUGCUAAUCAGACACUGAAGGAGCUGAAAAUACAGAUCAUGCAUGCAUUUUCAGUUGCUCCCUUCGACCAGAACUUGUCCAUUGAUGGGAAGAUCCUGAUUGACGACACGGCCACGCUGGGCAGCCUGGGGGUCAUCCCUGAGUCUGUCAUUUUACUCAAGGCUGAUGAACCCAUUGCAGAUUAUGCAGCGAUGGACGACGUUAUGCAAGUUUGUAUGCCUGAAGAAGGAUUUAAAGGAACUGGUUUACUUGGACACUGA